GGCUAACUCUACACUACUCAGUUAGCACACACAUGCAGCUCGAGAUUUAGCAAAUAGCAAGACACGAGUACUGGACGAUUACAGCAAGGAUGUGCUCGCUUUGAGUUAAAACAAGCAUUGUUGCUGCACUGCACAUACAUCUCCAGUAAACAUGUCAGGAAUUAAAAGGAAAAUAGAAGACAACGACCCAGACUAUGAUGACAUUUCACUGGUUCAAAGUAAUAAGAGAAACAAAACGGCUGAACAUAAUGCUCGAGAAGCGACUGUACAGAGAAUUGAAAACAUCAUUAGGGAGCAGUUUUCUUUGGAAAUGAAGAACAAAGAGCAUGAAAUAGAUGUUAUAAGUCAGCGCCUAAAUGAAGCCAGGAGGAUGAUGGACAAGCUACGGGCAUGCAUAGUGGCAAAUUACUUUGCCAGUUCUGGAAUAACAAAGCCCCCAGAGCACACCUUGAAAAGUGACCCUGCAGUGUUGAACCAUCCGGCCAUCCGUCGGUUCCUGGAGUCUCCGUCCCGUUCCUCUUCCCCUCUCAAUCAGGGCUCGGAAACACAAUCCCUGGCCCAUUCAGAGUGUGAAUCUCUCUCACAGCAAGGAGACGGCACUGAGAGGAACGGAGAGGGAACGUGGAGAGAGGACAGCAGCAAGCAGGAGCGCAGACCUGGACGAAACACAGGCAAAGACACAUUUGGUGUGCCUUCACCCAUGGAUGUAGAGCAGAGGGUGACCUACCACUCUACUGGAGAUGAAGCCUCCAGACUCUAUGUUAAGAAGACCAUUGUUGUCGGAAACGUAUCCAAGUAUAUCCCUCCCGAUAAGCGGGAAGAAAACGAUCAGUCGACCCAUAAGUGGAUGGUGUACGUCAGAGGCUCGAGGAGAGAGCCGAGCAUCGACCACUUUGUGAAGAAAGUCUGGUUCUUUCUGCAUCCCAGCUACAAACCCAACGACCUGGUGGAAGUCAGCGAGCCUCCCUUUCAUUUAACGCGACGCGGAUGGGGAGAGUUUCCUGUGAGGAUCCAGAUUCACUUCAAAGACUCUCGCAACAAACGCAUUGACAUCAUCCACCAGUUAAAGCUGGACAGAACAUACACAGGCCUGCAGACACUGGGAGCAGAAACUGUGGUUGAUGUGGAACUUCAUAGAGAUUCUCUUGGGGAAGACUAUAUUCCUAAGCGCUCCUCAUCGUCCAACAAAGCGUCUCUAAAAGCAGCCAGCCCCAUGUCGACGGCCACUCUGACCCAGACGUACGGACACCCCAGCUCUCCUGUCUCACAUGAUUUUGGUGCAGAAAAAGGUUUAUUAAAAGCGGAGAUGGCGAAGUCUGCAAGUGGACAUAAUGCAGGCCUUGCUGCUGGUGAACGCACUCCAACAAGACCCAGACCUGGUGACAGGGUCACUCUCGGUUCCCCUGGUAACUCUGCCUUCCAGCCAAUCACAGCAAGCUGUAAAAUAGUUCCCCAGGGACAGGCGCCCAGUCCUGCAGAGUCUCCGGGGAAAUCGUUCCAACCAAUCACCAUGAGCUGCAAAAUAGUCUCAGGUUCACCCAUCUCUACUCCCAGCCAUUCGCCGUUGCCCCGGACACCCACAACCUCCACCCCUGUCCACAGCAAGCAGAACGCCUCCUCUGUCCUCAACAACCCGUACAUUAUCGUCGAUAAGCCCGGCCAGGUGAUCAGCAUGGCAUCCUCAUCUGCUGCCUCUGCAGGAAGCCCCUCGGCCAAACAGGCUCAAGGCGCCCGCUCUCCAGCACCUAAAGUUCACACUGGCACUUUCCUCUCAUCGGGGGUCAAGGUUAUAAUCAAGCAGGAGCCUGGGGAGGUUUCAACACAGCAACAGCAGAUGGUUUCCACAGUAACCAGCCAGCAGCAACCUGCUGCUGCUGCAGCCCACCAGUUUGUCGCAGUGAAAGGAGGUCACAUGAUCUCAAUGUCGAGUCAGAAACGGACCGGAGAGGCCACAGGGUCCACAACUAGCAAGAUGUUGGGUAUUCCUGUGAGCUCAACGCUUCAGUCUUCGGUGAAACAGGUCGCCAUCAGCAGCGGACAGAUUCUGGUUGCAAAGGGCAGCCCUUCCGUCUCCAAGGUGAUGGCCGGGAAGCAGGUUUUGGCUCAGGGCGUUGCAAAAGCCAUUGUCAGUGGAACGGGGAGCAUCACUGCCCAGCAAGGUGGCGCCAAGGCUGCCGGUGGUUCAGGCGGCAAAAGCGGAGUUAUGGCCACUCUGCAGCUGCCAGCAAACAAUUUAGCCAACCUGGCUAAUUUGCCUCCAGGUACCAAACUCUACCUAACCACCAACAGUAAGAACCCGUCAGGGAAGGGGAAGCUGCUUCUCAUUCCACAAGGAGCCAUCCUCAGAGCCUCUGGUGCAAGUAAGACGAGUCACCAGUCCCAGAGCGGCCCGUCAGCAGGUACAAGCAGCUCUCAGAACUCCUCAUCCUCCUCAUCUUCAGGCAGUCUGCCUUCAAACCUCUCCUACACAUCUUACAUUUUGAAACAAACCCCACAGGGUACAUUCCUGGUUGGUCAGCCAUCACAGGGAUCAGGGAAGCAGGGCAGUUCCAGUUCAGCAGGUCAUUCAGGAUCAUCUACAGCCACUUCCACCCAGCAGGCUAUCCGGGUGACGGCUGGACAGAAGGCGGCCAUCUUGGCUCAGGUUGUUGGCAGCUCACAGGGAGCGCAGCUUAAGCUGUCCGACGGCUCUGUGAAGACUGUAACAGCAGCGGGAGCGGGUCACAUGUCCAAGCCUGGUACCACCACACUGAGGAUGACGGGGGGAGUCAUCACAGCUGCUUCCUCCACUCCUGUUAGUGCAGCAGGGGCAGCAGCAACUCAACAACAGACUGUUGAUGGCGGGAAGCCUGCUUCUCAGCCCCACUCACUUCUGGUGUCAGCCAACCAAGCAGCGGUCAUCAGUGCAGCCAAGAGCUCCAGCGCAGCUGGGGGCGGCGGCCUGUCCAAGGCAGCGGUUGCCUCUUUGGUCAAAGGAGCUGCCACUGUGACGAAGAGCGCCACGAGUUCCAGCGGGGCGGUCGUAACGCUUGCUAAAGGGGUCACAAAUAUGCCCGUCAUCAGCAUGUCCAAAGGAGCAGGAGUGGGCGCCGUGGUGGGUGUGCCCAAAAGCAGCGGCACGCCGUUAGUUUCUGCAUCGUCAUUAGUCAGCGGGGUGGCAACUGGAGGAGGAAAGACGAGUACUGCACUGUCAGGUAUGCUGAAGAUUCACUCUGGAGGCUCCAACUCCCAGCAGACAGUCUUAACAAUCCCUGCUAACCAGCUCAAGCAGCUGGGAGUUGGCUCUGGGUCUGCUGGGCUGCAGACCAUAUUCAUGCCUGUUGGUAAAGUGGUGUCUAAAGGCCCAGUCUCCAACACUCCCUCCUCCUCUUCCUCUUCGUUGACACCCCAUGGGGCUGCUGGAGCAGGAGCCGCCCCAAACGCCGCCAGCCAGAUCCCCUCCUCCCUUGUCCCACCUCUGGCACAAGUGAAAACGGAACCAAGUGCUGGUCCCGCCAUCACAGCCGGUCCGUCGACGCCGGUCUCUACGCCGGCUCCACCCUCAGCCCAUGUCCCUUGUGCAGCUACUGCUGUAAAGCAGGAACAAGGCGCAGACACUUCUGCACACGAUCUGAUCAACACCGAGCAUAUAGAAACAAUGAUGCAGCUGCUGACUGCUGUAGUGAAGAAGUUCCCUCUAAUUGUACCAGAUAAAACCGAAGACUCCCAUCCAUUUUGUGCCUCUUCGGUAGAACAGUAUUACUCCUGGAAUAUUGGCAAACGCAGAGCAUCAGAGCUUCAACGAGCCGUCGCAGUGAAGCGGGUUGUCCAGGACGUGCUGGACCACUCGCCCCGCCUACAGGCCCUCACGCCGCCAAAGACCAAAGAGGUUGUACAGUGGUGCCGGCAGAGGGGUUACACUCCACCUGACCCAGAACCCCAACACAGGAAUGACGACGAGUCCAUCGAGGACAUUCUCACGCAAAUCGAUAACGAACCUGAGUGCCCUUCGACCCUCAGCACUUAUGACGAGCUGCUGCUGCGGCUAGAGCAGAUGCAAGCCUUGCUGAAGACCGAACCCGAAGAGGAAGAUGAUGAAAUAGUCGACAUUGUCACGGUGACUCCUCCCUGCCAGAAGCUGAAGGUCAAAGAGGAGGAGCAGGAAACUGAUGUGGAGCCUAAGUUUUUCCUCGGCCCCUGCAUAUCCUCCCAGUUCGUCAGCGAAACGGCCCAGCAGAUCGGGGUACUGUUUCAACCAGUGGAAGUGGAGAAGAGUGUGUUUGCUCCAGUAAUCGAAGCAAUGAUUUUGAAGGCUACAGAGCAGUUUGCCAACGACAUCCUGAGAGAAGCUCUGGCAGGGGCCCACGCUAAAUCUCCUCCAAACAGGGCGCCGAGGGAGAUCACCGCCAUGAACAUCCACCAAGCAGUCACUAGCAUCCCCACCUGUGACUUCCUCACUAACACACACAUGGGUUACCUGACAAAGGACAACUGAGGACAGACAAGAUUGAACUUUGACUUUUAAGCAGACGUGCUUGGAUGGGACUGGGGAUGGGGCAGUCUGAACCAUGAGCCAUGAUGAAGAGGCGCCUCUCUUGUUGUGAAUAUCGGCGUCCAAAUGCAGUCGCGUUGCCUGAGGAGGCAUAGCAACAGCUGAAGCCCUGAGUUUCUGGACUAAAUGACAGAAGGGCUCAGCUUGCUCCUCGGUGCUGAUGCUCAGCUGCAGAGUAACUAAUGUCUUUAAUACUUUGUAUUGUCACCUUUUAUUUCUGUUUGGAAAGAAGCCACAUCAUGCUGCUUGUGUUAUUUAAUUUAGCCUCGCUGAUGCGCUCUCUCAUACCUCCUAACAUUAUUUCAGUGAUGAAGUGUUCGCGCCGAGGAGGGGUUGUCAUGAGGGAAAUAAACCUUGUGUGAAUUGUCAUUGGUGUCAAACUGCUGUCCUCUCUGGCUUCCUGUUGGCUCUCUUUGGGUUUGAUGCGCUUUUUCAGCUGCGGCUCACUGCGGUUUAGGAGCUCUGAUGAUGGUCUGCGUGUUCUGUUUGCACGUACUUUCAAUCCGAGAGGUUCUCCCAAAGGUGUUGCAGCUAUGGCAACCAGCGAUCAUCAUAAUCAUCAGAAAUUCGCAGUAUCUUUUUAAUGCAUUUCAGUGUUACCCAACCAGCACAAGUAAUUAUGAAUAUUGCAGCAGUGAAAUACAGGAAUUUCACUGUUUGCUAAGGAUUUUAACAUAUGUUCUUGGAGCCUGUCACGUCUGACCUUUGACACUAAAUGAAUGAUUGUCGUCGUGACUUAAUGGUAAUUCACACACAAGGUUUUUCAACCUGUUUUUAAGUGUUCUGUUUAAGAACUGUUGUCAUAUCCAUCAUGGUGUGUAUGAUGACACCAGUCAGCCUCAAAAGUAAAACUACUAACAGGUGGCAAUUAUUAUGGGUCAUAAAGUUAAUCUACAAUUCUUCCUUUCUUUUUUACUUUUGGUUGCCAAGCAGAGGUGACGAUAAAGGAAUGUGGAAUUAGGCAUACCUCGUCAAUAAGGACCUAAAAUAAUUAGUCUAAUGGUUUCCAUGUCCUUGCUGACUGGUGUUCAUAACCAGUCAGUCAAUUAUAAGUUUCUAAAGUGUUUUUUUUUCUUCUCUAACAUCAACAUUUUAAUAUUUAAAUCCCAACAGUGGUGUGUGUGUGUUGUCCUGGUGUAAAUGAAAUUAAUGGUGAGUACUGUUAUGUGAUUGUCAUUUUAUACAAAUAGGAGUGUUUUACUGAGCUUUGUAUGACUGGAUAAGCAAACGUUGUUAUGACUUGAUUGGUUAUAAUGCCUGUUUAACCAAAUGAAAUUAGUGUGCAAGAUACCUAAACACUGUAAUGUAUUUUUUUCCCCUUUGCAAACCAAAAAUAUGAUCAAUAUUCUUAUAAUAAACUAAGUAAAGUAUUUCUUGAAACCUA